CUGAAGAGGUCAUUCUGACUAUAAGGCCGAUCCUUCGUCUGAAGAGGUCAUUCUGACUAUAAGGCCGAUCCUUCGGCUGAAGAGGUCAUUUUGAUUACAGUUGCCACUUGUUGCCAAAACCUUCAGGGCGUCAAGACUUGAUCACCGCUACUACAUUUAUACCCAUUAUUCUGUUUGCUCCAAUCGAGACACGGAUCUCGAUGUUCAAUCAGGAUUCAGGAAUACUCCCACAUCUAAUAUCGAAAGGAGAUACUUUGUGAACUGUUUGAUAUUUCGGUCUGAUCUAACGACAUGGUUGAUAACACCAGUAUAGCAACUAAAUCUGCUUUGCAAGCAGCGUUCUCCUCGGCCAGCAACCUCCCCCUGCUCGUCUCGUCUGCCUCGACACCCAGCCACUUCCCCGGCUCACAUUCACAGUCCCACCAGCCCAACAGCGGAGGCAUGAAGCUAGAGGCGGUCAUGGAAAACCUCCAAAGACAGCAGGCUGCCCGCCUGGCGCUAGAAGAGAAACUCCGGCAGGCCGAGAAAGAGAAAGACCUCCGCUCCAUGGUCGAGUCCCAGAUCCACCAACAAGCCCUCGCCUUCCGCCACUACCAGGCAGCGGUCCGGGUCGCUUUCGCUGCGGGAAUAGCGAACUCUUCUCCCGGGUUGGCGAGCUCCGCUGAACGGGAACCAAUUCUCCCUCACAGUCUUUACGCUCGCAGGCACUCGGCCAAAGCCGACGACUCCGAUAUGGACGAUGAUCCAGAGGGCAUGGACCGAGGUAUGGAUGAUGACGACCUGGAUCUGGAUGGAGAUGAAAUGGACAACGAGGGAGUCGUGGAUGAUGAGGAUGAGGAGGCCAUGGAGGGGGCUCUCAGCCACUACCAGCCCCGCCACCCCAUGCACCCCGGGGCGGGACACUCGCCAAAGGACAACCCGGUACAUCUCAUGCCCAGAGACCCUGCGUCUUUCGCUGCGCCCCAGCAGUCAGAGUCCCCGGGCGGGAUGGCACCACAGUCUCAGCAUCACGAUUGGACUUACGAGGAGCAAUUCAAACAGUCAGGACAAGGCAGUGCACCAGAGAGGAAGCUGGGAAAUUCAAGUGUCGGUAUCGGUGGAGGCUCCUCGUCUCUGAUUCAGGAGCUGUACGAGUUGGAUGAUGAUGUCAAGAGGAAAGAGUUUCUUGAUGACCUCUUCAGUUUUAUGCAGAAGAGAGGGACCCCAGUGAAUCGUAUUCCCAUCAUGGCCAAGCAGGUGUUGGAUCUGUACACGCUCUACAAGCUGGUCACAGAAAAAGGCGGCUUAGUGGAGGUCAUCAAUAAGAAGAUAUGGCGUGAGAUCACCAAAGGCCUCAACCUCCCUACCUCCAUCACCAGUGCAGCUUUCACCCUGCGAACACAGUAUAUGAAGUACCUCUACCCUUACGAAUGUGAAAAGAGGCGUCUGAGCUCCCCCGGAGAGCUCCAGGCAGCUAUCGACAGUAACCGCCGCGAGGGGCGUCGCCAGAGCUACCGGUCGGCCAUCUUUAACUACUCUCCAGCAGGGACCCCCUCCAUCCUCUCCUCCCCCAAGAUGAGCAUGCCUCACCUGGCCAUGUCCACCCACAACGGAGCACACCUGACCCAGAGACACAACAUCAAGAAAGAGGAUGGCCUGAUGGCAGGCUGUCUGAAGGGCCGUGUUGGGGAGAUGCCCAUGUCUCUGGGAGGGCACCACGGGGCGGAAGCUCAGACCGUGGCGGCUGCAGCAGUACAGGCUGCAGCGUUGGAGCAGCUGAGGGAGAAGCUGGAGAGCGGGGAGCCGCCAGAGAAGAAGAUGAUGAUGGAGCAACAGAGGCUCAUGCAGCAUGCGCUGCAGCAGAACCUCCUCACCAUGGCAACACAGCUGCCCAUGAACAUCAAGCUGAACAACAUGAGAGAUGACAGACAAGAGGCUCCAUUGAACCUGUCUACCGCCGGCAUUAGCAGCAUCAACAUGUCAAUAGAAAUAAAUGGAGUUGUCUACACAGGUGUUCUGUUUGCCAGGAAGCCCCCAAUACCCAUGAUGCUGGGUGGUCACAAGAACCAGAACCACACCUCCUCUCAGGGAAAGACCAGUCUGGGGAUGAACUCCUCCUGCAUACAGAUCCAACCGUCCUGCUCUUCCUCCUCCUCCUCCUCCACAUCCUCGGUCCACAGACACGGAAACUCCUCCCCCUGAGCUGUCCCACCCACAGCCCCACCCACUCACUCUAAACCCCGCCCCCCAUCCUCCCCCAAAGACAGCAGUCUGAGAUACCUGAAGACUAUUAUAUUAUAAUUAUUAUUAUAGAUCUAUUGUCUUUUCCCUCUUCCUCCUCC